GGGUUUCGGAAAAAGGAAAAGGGAAAGAAAGGGCAUUAAUCGUUGCCCUCGUGUUGUACUCGCAGCAGCCGAUAACAUAUCGUUUCUUUUGGACUUUCCGUUUCGUCGUCACAGCCACCAUGAAAAUAUUCGCCGUUGUGGUUUUAACGUCGGCCGUUGUACUGGCCUCUGGACAAAGUCUGGACGAUUGUCUGCAGAGCGACAGCAUCUCUUGCGUGCAGAAGAGCCUGUACCGGAAGGCGAAGGAGUUCUUCGACAAGGACAGCCUCGAGCUGUUCAGUGGUGUUAGCUUGGUGAAGAACGCGGACAGCCGGGGAAGAAGCUCCAGGACUAGCAAGGAGCUGAUGUACGAGCAGAAGAUCGACGCGGCAAACAGUGUCACCGACCGGCAGAGUGCUCUCGAGAACUUUGUCAGCGACGAGGCUGGCGAGUUCCUGGCUGGUCGCAGUCUCAGGAUCAACUUUGCGCCCGCCUUUGAGAAGAUCGGAGAGUCUGCUCGUGCCCUCAGCGACUCCGCGCCAGAGGAGGUUCGCCAAGCAGUCAACGAAAUCGUCGAAGGUCGAGGCAAGAAGAAGAUGCUGAAAUCGAUCCUGCCUCUGCUCAUCGCGGCGAAAGUAAAAAUCGGAGCGUUGGCUACCCUCGCGUACUUCGCCAUCGGUCUCAUAGCCAAAAAGGCCAUUUUCGCCUCUCUCGUUUCGAUCGCCAUCUCGGCGUUCAUCGGACUGAGAGCACUGUGGUCCAAGAAUUCCUACGACGUCACCCCUUACAGCGGAUGGAGCGGCAAUGCUGGAUGGUCCGCACCGAUCGCCAGCGGAGGAUGGUCUUCCGGUGGAUCGUGGGACGAUUCUCACGGUUACGCGCAGAGCCAAGCGUACUCCGGAUAUCAUCACUAAUUUGAAAUUAUCCCCGUUUCGCGUAAAUUGUUCCUUUUCCUCUACCUUCACUUUCCCCUCCAUUUCUUCUUGCCUCCUUCCUUCCUUUCCCUUUCACAUUUCAUCCUUUCGUCCUCGCCGCCGAUCCAAGAAUCCCCAGGAGGCGAUAUCGACGAGACACCGUCGAUAAUUCACGGAUCGGCAAAUGCUAUUUAUUGUUUAUUUAUCCGAAUCUCGAAUAGUUAAGCGACCACGCCGUGGUUCCACGUGUAAAUAAUGUUGUCGUCGUAAGAGUGUACGAAUAGAACUUUUUAGGCCAGACAAAGGACUUUGGAAUCGAAUGUAGAGGCUAGUCGCAACGCUUAGCGAGGGACGAACCAAUCGUCGCUCGGUACCAUUCCUCUCUCUCCCGAUCGCAGCCCGACGCCAUCUAGUCCAAUACGAUUUAGAUGAACCCGUGUCGAAUUACUCCUGUCAUUGAGAAUAUCAUUGUACACAAUCAGAUGCUC